AUGAGCAGUACCCUCCAGUUCCAGAGCGCUGAGUGGGCGCUCGUUGCGAAGCAAGUGCUGACACUGCCACUGACAGCAGAACGAGACAAUGAUGAAGAUGAUGAAGAUGCGAGCUUUGGUGUGAUAGACUGUGCUGCACCCUUUCGACCAGAUGCCACUGUCCUGAAGCGCAAUGCGGCGCGCACCUUCUUCAACCUCAUGCUGACGUGCCGCGAACUCUACCAUGAUCUGCCCUGGGCAAUGCCAAAGUGGUGCCUUGCUCACACUUUCCACGUUGGCAGAGGUGUUGGGAUCAUCCCAGUCACAGACUGGCUCGACACAUUCCAAGCCACCCUCACGCCAGCGCCGGCACCCUCGCCUUCCCGGCUUUCCCAGCCUGCACAGCUGCACACGACAGCGCAAGGCAACACCGUGGGUACCCACAUCCGCGCGAGACCCUCAGCCCCUACCUCGUCGCCUGAGCUCAUGUGGAUGGAAAACAGGCUGCUCGUGUACUGCUGGCUCGGGGUUACGUGGGACAGCAGCUGCACCUUCCUUCGCGAGAGGUUGCCAAGACUGCAGGGGGGCUGUACUCGGCAAGACUUCUGGGAGCAGUUUGCGCAGUACGGGAGCAUCCGCUUUCUCCAACUGGCGGACAUUGAGACGUGGGCAAUCGAUGCAACCACAUUGCAAACACAGCCGCACCACGCGCAUGGCCAAGCGGAACAAGACGAUGCUGCAGACCAGCCACAGCCCCAAGAACCGCAGAAAGACCACCUGCAGGAAGUACCCCAUGCACCUGAUAUGGCAGGUUCUUCGGCACGCACGGGGGAUGAUGGCACGGGCUGCGCUGUCCUCCCUAUGCCAGCUCUGUUUUAUCUUGAUGCAACGCUGCACAGUCAGGCAGAUGCACAGCGCUUUCACGAGCUCCGCACCACGGUUCUGGCACAUGCGCGUGGAGGGUCGCUCCGGCUUUGCGUGGCGUCCCCUUGGUCGUCCUUGUCAGCAUACAACAUGAACGCCAUCAGCAUCACUUCUGCAGACGCUGGCAUCGACCAGCUUUGCUUACGAGAUGUGGGCCGUGUGGAGUGGACUGACGCAGAGAGCCAGCGCAGUGUGCGCGGCGAGCUUGAGCGCGUGGGCCGAUUCGAUAUUCACCACUGGAACGCCGUCGAUGAUGUGAGUGUGCUCUCAGGUGUCUCAGCUGUCAGGCUGUCCUACAACGAGCACCAGACGCGUGACCUGACACCACUGCGUGGUGUGAAGAAGCUGAUCCUGCGUGAGCCGCCAAGCGGUACAGGGCAGGAGGUGAUCGCAGCAGCACAACACCUGCAACUAUCAGACAUGGUGCUUGAGGUUAACACGCUCACUGCCAAGCGCAUCAGGCUGUCCGAGAUGAUCAGCGUGCCAGAUGUCCUGCACCUACCCAACGCUACACACAUCGAGUUGCUUCGUGGAUGCGCAGUGAAGCAGUUCACGUGCCCGCCCCGCAUCAACGCGCUUGCCAUUCACCGUUGUGAUUUCAUCUCCAUGCCCAACUUCGAGCACGCAGACGUGGUGACACUUUGGACCCCCCUCACGCGAGAGCAACUGACUGACUUGGGCAACCGCGUGGACAGACUCGAGCUGCAUUACUGCGUUGAAGAUAUGGCCCCGCUGCGCGACAUUCGACAUGACGCGUACGUGUGUCUGACAAACGCUGUCGUCGACUCCCGCGUUCCACCGUGCGUGAAGGAAUUGCAUGCAUUCAUCUUCGGGGGUGUGCAGUGCGCGUUCCUUCGCACAGUGCCAAUGUUGAGCAUGACUGGCGGGCUGGAGGAUCGCAUCCACGAUGUGCACCUCCUCUCCGGGCGCGCGUACCUCAACAUUGAACAGGGCUGCGUUGACGGCGAGAUUGCAGACUGUGACCACGUGCACCUCCAUCAUUGCUACGGAACAGCCCGCCUGACAUCGAUCAACACCCUCAGCAUCACCUGUGCAACCCUGGCGCCUCCUCCCACUGCAUCCAACACCGAUGACACGAUAGAUGAUCACAUUGCGUGUUUCGCGGGUGGUCCAAAGCUGCAGAUCCGAUGUCUGUUACACGUGGCCAACUGCCGGCUACACAACUGCGAAAUCAACACCUUCACGUGCUUUCGCAACGUGCAGCGUGUUGCUCUUCGUCGCUGUAGGUUCGACUGCUUGGACAGCAUCCCGCCCUUCACGUCCCUCAAGCUCCACAACUGUACCACAACAGACAGAGCGUGGCAGUGGCCUGACAUUACCGUUGUGGGCCGGCCCCCACAAGAGGUGCAAGCGUUGCUGCUGGCAGGCCGAACCGAGAGAAGGGCAAUGUGGAAGGGAGCCAAUCCCUCUGAGCUCAGCACGAUCCUCAAACGUGAAAUGAGAACAACUGCCGCAACAGCUCGCGCCUGUGGUCUGGCACCUUUAUUCUUCCAGCACAGCAGCAUGGACACGACCACAGCAGGCGAGGAGCAUAAGCAGGAACACGAUGACACGAGACUGGGCAUUGUCAAACUGAAGAACUGA